AUGCCUCCAACGAGGGAAGCGACGUCCGAGGACGCCGACAUCGCCGGCACCAACCGAAGUGGAUGCGGUGCUUUCGCGCGGAGUUCACCCAAACCCAAGUCGUUGAAGCCUGUCCACGAAGGCGAAGGAAAAGGCAUGCAUGCAUUCCAGCCCGCCGCCACCACACGAAGCCAAACCUGCGACGGUGCUUCACGCGAGUCGUGCCCUCGCCGCCCGCACGGCCGGGCAGAGCAGCGAGAAACCUCCACGUCCCGGAGCCGCCGCUCCGGCCUCCAAGCGCAGCAGCGAGAGCGAGACACCUCAAGUCGACUCGUCGCUCGCCUCGGGGAGCCAGCCAGCACCCCGACCACCAGAGAAGCGGCGCCGCCGCGUCGCCUUCCAUCCACCAAGGCACACCUCUACCAUGGCCGGCAGGUGGCACAACCGCCGGGACGCCGCAAAACUGGGGCCACCACUACGCGACCGCCGCGCCGAGGCACCCACCAGCUCCAUGGACCUCCACGCAACCACUGCGUCGAGGCACCGCCGGCCGCCAACCACCCACGCGCAGUCCGGACGCCGCAGACGGCGAGGCGACGACGCGCACCCGGGCCGCCGCCCGCAUCCCCAACUCCGGCGAGAGCAUGCCAGCGACCGGGCACCCCCUCCACCUCCACCCGACACGAGCAGCAGCGCAGCCCCGUCCGGGCCCGCGAAGGCCCGAAGCGGCCCGGCCUGGGCAAACCGGCGCGCCUCCAGCCGCCGCCGCACCCGCAGACGACGCCCACCGCCGCACGCAGCUUCGCCCGCCGCCGCCGCGCCACCGUGGCCGCCGGGCGGCCCCCAACAACCGCCAGCAGCGGCCCGCCCCGCCGCCAAAAGCUCGCUGCGCGCGCAAGGGAGCGCCGCGAGACCGCCUUCCCGGGGCCGCCGCCCGCCGUCCGCGCCGGAUCCGGCCGCGCCGACCCCGGCCAGCCCCGCAGCCUCCCGCCGCCGAGGACCGGAAGACGCCGCCGCCGAGCCGAGCGCUCGCCCCCGCGCCGCGACGCGAGAGCGAGCUCCCCGCCGCCGCCCACAGCCGCACGAGCUUUGCCCGCCGGAGCGCUCCGGCGGCGGCGAAGGGGAGGGGAGGCGGAGGGGGAGGGGGCGAGCCUGGCGGCUAGGGUUUCGCCACCCGAGUCGCCCGAGCGGGACGACGCGGGGGCUCUCCAAAACUUUCUGCUAAGUCGAAUACACUGA